AUGUCCAUCAAAGAAGAAAUGAGAGAACAAAUGAGGGAGGAAAUUAGGGAGGAGAUUAAGAAGGAGAUGAAGAAAGAGUACUUUGAUAUGAAGGCACAAUUGUUAUCAGACAUGAGAGCAGAGUUAGCCUCUCCCUCAGCCCAGCCUUGUAAUCCUCAUCAACAACCUUCUAUUAUUUGUGUAAGCACAAAGGGGAGUUGUGAUGUUCCUCUUGAAGAGGCUUCUCUCAUUGGUGAUGCAGAUUACGAGUUGUUCAUUGAUGAUCUCCUCCAGUCCUUGGUGGCUUUAGGUAAAAUGUAUGCAUUGGGGUCAACCAUACACCAUGCAACCAUUGCAGAUGAUAUGAUGAGAGUAGUGGUUGUAGAUGUUCGAGAUGCUACUGCUCCAGUCCCAGUGCCCACUCAAGAGGUUAAGACAGUGGGGCAGGCCCCUGGAAAUUUUAUCCUUUGGCCAGUUAGAUUAGCAAAAGUAAUUGCAAAGGAGAUUAGAGUACAAGAAAAGGAAGAUGUGAAUGAAUCAUUACCACAACAGACAAUUCUAGAACGACUUGGUGCAAUGGCAGUGACUAUCGCCUUGCAACCUAUACAAUUAGAAAUGUCUCCCCAAGCCACAAAUAGGACCUUCAACACCCCUUUUUUUAUAUGUCAAAAGGAUAUUUUUGAAGUUCUCUCUGGCACUGAUAUGUUAUGUAUAUCAGUAAUACAACUUUGGUUGUUGUAUUUACAUCGUAGAUGCACUGAGAAGAAGAAUGAUCACAUAUAUGGAUUUAUUGAUCCUAUUGCCAUUCAAGGUGUUGGGAAUAAAAGUGAAGAGGUUCAAAAGUACCUAUUAGAGGCAUUUGAUGUUGGGAAAAAAGAAGUGUACUUAGCGCCUUAUUUGCAGCAGGGUCAUUGGCAGUUGUUGGUAAUUCUUCCUCAGAAGUUUGUUGUGGUUCUUUUGUGUUCAUUACACAAGAAGCCUAACACUCUGAAAAUUAAAAGUACUUUACAAGCAGCGGUUGAGGCUCAUUCUAGGUUGCAGGGACAACAAAUCACUUCUAGAAAGAAGUUACAGUUCAUUGCGCCAACUUGCUCACGUCAACCGGGAAGCUAUGAGUGUGGAUAUUAA